AUGGAUGAAAACCGAGAAGAUAUCGAGAGGCGUGGAAGUGUGUAUGUUGAUGAGACUGUCUUUUCAAAGACUGCCUCGGAUGCUGCCACACCUCAUGACGCCUCAAACGAUUAUGAUACUAGUACUCUAUACGGAAAAUUGCAACGCUUAGCUGGCAAGUUUAAAGUUGAACAGCGAGGUAUUGAGCGCGUUCCGGAAGAUGAACGAAAUGACAACUCCUACUGGAACAUUGGGACGAUGUGGCUUGCUGCCAAUCUCGUCGUUCCCUCAUUCACAAUCGGCGUUCUCGGUCAGCCCCUCUACCAAAUUGGCUUUGUAGAUGGUGCGCUAGUCAUCAUCUUCUUCAACCUCCUCGGAUCGGCGACGGUGUGCUUCUUUUCCACCUUUGGUCCAGCGUUUGGUCUCAGACAGAUGGUUCUGUCACGUUUCUGGUUUGGAUGGUGGGGAGUAAAGCUGAUUGCAUUCUUCAACCUUCUUGCCGGGAUAGGCUGGUCCGCAGCCAACAUCAUCGUUGGUGCACAGCUUCUCAACGCCAUCGAUCCACGAGUCCCAGGCUGGGCGGGCAUUCUCAUCAUUGCCUUUUGCACCUUGAUCAUCGUUUUCUUCGGCUACAAACUCGUUCACUUAUACGAGUACUGGAGUUGGAUUCCGACUUUUAUUGUCUUCAUGAUCGUUCUUGGUGUAUUCGCGCACUCCGGUGACUUUGUCAAUACACCUAUGGGUUCGGGCAAGGCCGAGAUUGGGAAAGUUCUAUCCUAUGGCUCAACAGUGUUCGGUUUCGGAACUGGGUACACCAGUCUGGCUGCCGAUUAUACUGUGUAUCAACCAAGUAACCGCCCGCGAAGGAACGUGUUUCUCGCUACGUGGUUGGGUAUUCUACCUACUCUCCUGUUCACGGAGCUUCUAGGUGCAGCAGUGGCAACAGCUAUGACUAUCAACGGCGGCGACAACGUAUACAUGCAGGGCUGGGGAGACGCCGGCGUCGGGGGUCUUCUCCGUGCAGUCCUUUCCCCCCCGUUGGGUGGCUUCGGAAGCUUCUGCCUCGUCAUUCUCGCCUUGUCAAUCGUGGCCAACAACUGUCCCAACAUCUACUCUGUGUCAUUGACGCUCAUGGUCCUCGGGCGCUGGACUCGCAAGGUGCCUCGCUUUGUCUGGACUGUCGUCGGGUCCGCAGUCUAUGUUGGCAUUGCCAUUCCUGGAUAUAGCAGUUUUGAAGCCGUGCUCGAGAACUUCAUGCACUUCAUCGGCUACUGGCUUGCGAUUUACGAGGGCAUUGCACUGACCGACCACUUCUGGUUCAAGCGCAGCUUUUCUGCGUACAAUCCUGAACACUGGGAUGACAAGGACAAGCUGCCUCCUAGUUUCGCUUCUUUGGCAUCCUCUGUGAUUGGCAUUGCAGGAAUGGUCAUUGGUAUGAAACAGACUUGGUGGGUUGGGCCUGCUGGGAAGGCUGCAGGUGGUGAUUUAGGAUUCGAGCUGGGUUUCGCUUUUGCCGCAUCGUCUUAUACUGUUCUGAGAACUGUAGAGCUCAAGGUUCUCAAGAGAUAA